AUGCCAACUAAGUUUCCAAUAAUUGGCGAAGAUAUCACGCUAGAUUUUAAUCCAGAUGCAGUUGAUAAAUUGAGAUUUUUUGGCACUCCAAUUUUUCUUGUUGCCUGUGGAUUUUUUAUAAUGACAAAACAAUAUGUUGGGCAAUCAGUUCAAUGUUGGGUGCCAACACAUUUCAAGGUCAGCUUACUUUUGUUAAUGAUAAGUUUGAAAACGAGAACAAAGUUUUCAGGAUAGUUGGGAAGCAUAUGCAGAAACGUAUUGUUUAGUUGAAAACACGUAUUUUGUUCCAAUGAAUCAAUCAAAUUUGCCCGAAAUUGAUACACGAGAAAAUCGGGAAAUGAAAUAUUAUCAAUGGGUUCCUUUUAUAUUAUUUGGUAUGGCUUUUGCUCUUUAUAUUCCAAAAUUUGUUUAUCAAAUAUCUCAAUUAAUAAUGGGUAUUGAUUUGUCAUUGAUAACUAUUUAUAUGAGAAAUCGAUCAAUCAAUGGAUUAUCAUCAAAUGACAGUAAAACAUUGGAAGAAUUAAGAAAUGAUAUUAAAAUAACUGCAAAACGUCGUGGAGGAUCUGGAGAAACUUGGGGAUUUCAUCUUACACUUUGUUUGAUUAUAAGAAAAGUAACAGCGGCAAUUAUUGUUUUUGCAUCAAUAAUAUUUUUGGAAUCAUUUAUGGGUUUAGGACCAAUGUAUGGAUAUACAGUAAGUUUCAAGUAGAAAUUAACAUUCCAAAAUUUGAAAAAAUAGGUGACUCGUGAUCUUUUGGCUGGCCGUGAAUGGAAAGAAAGUGGAAGUUUUCCACGAGUUACAUUCUGUGAUUUUGAAGUUCGAGAAAUUGGGUAUAUCAAUAAUUGGACUCUUCAAUGUGUUCUUAUGGUUAGUUUUUUUUUAAUGAUUUAGGAGAUCAAAACAAUAUUCAGGUGAAUAUGUUCAAUGAGAAAUUAUUCGUGGCGCUUUGGUGGUUGUACCUCAUUCUUGCUAUUUUAUCAAUGUUCGAUAUUGCUAGAAUUAUUUAUAGAUUCACCGCAUACCAUCAAAUCAAUUUUGUUUAUAAUAUAUUGGUAAGUUUUCUUCUAGAGUAUCUGGGUUUCGGAUAAAUGAGUCAAAUUCAGAACAACGGUGGUAAUGUGAAUGCUGAGAAAACUGAAAUCUCUCGAUUUAUCCGAUCUACUUUGAAAAAUGAUGGAAUUACUCUACUUCAUUUGAUCAAUUCAAAUUUCACAAUUUUUGAGGUAUUGUCUUUUUCGCUUGUAUUUUUUAUUAUGAUUCAUUUCGGUUUUUCAGACAGCUGAUUUUCUGCUACCAAAGUGGAAUAGUAGGAAAACAAAAAACGAAUAA